AUGGAUCCAUUACUUGCGAUGCCGCCCUCUGCUUCUACUUCCACUAUUAAAAGCAAUCACCACCCUCAUUAUGAGAAAUCAUCAACCACAACAGUCAUCUACGACAUACCACUACCUUUGAUCACAAAUAACAUAUAUAAACCUGCAAGAGCCACAACUGAGCGAAUACCAACUACCACAUGGGGCUCGUUCACUGCUAUAGUCGUCGUUUUUUUAGUCAUCUUGACAUGCUUUAUUUUGAACUGCAGUUGCAUUCGACGUAAAGUAAAUGAGAAAAGAAUGGAUAGACUUGGAAGGUCUGGAUCACUGUCCUUUGAAAGGAGACAUAAAGAAUUACAAGAAGCAGAUCUCGAAUGGAACAACCAUCCUCCAAUGGUGUUUACAAACGAGAAAUUAACGACACCUGAAUCGACAUACAGCAGUAAACAUUCGACCAGCUCCACGUCGUCAUCUUGGUCCACUGCAAAUUCGACUAUUGCUCAAAAACACCAUUAUCAAGACAAGAAUUUCAUCAAGAAUCAACCACCCAGUGUCCAAUUACGAUUAACACUGGAAAAUGCAUCCAAUUCCUCAUUGUCAGAAUAUAAAAGACCCGUAAUUCCACUACUACAACAACAGCACUUUGUACCAACGCCAUCGAAUCAAUCAUAG